AUGCGUACGCUUGAGGAGAUUACCGUUUUACUGCAUUCUGUAGAAACUGCAACUGCAGUUUCUGCAGACCCGUGUGGUGCAGAAACUGCAGUUGCUAAUGCAGUUCUUGAUGGCACCGACUGCGUGAAGCUUGGCGGAGAAACUGUUGCUGGAGCAUAUCCUGAAAUUGUUUGCACUUAUUACAUAUUAUAUAAGCAGUUGCUAUGGAUCGUGCUAGUUGGGCUGACCUUUGCUUUGAUAAUCCAGUCUCGUUCUGCAAAUUUAGGGGUGGCUACAGGAAAGCAUCUUGCUGAGCAUUGCAAGGCAGAGUACCCAACUCCAGUGAAUUACUGCCUGUGGAUACUUGUUGAGGUUGCCGUGAUAGCUUGUGAUCUCCCAGAAGUGAUAGGAAUGGCAUUUGCUCUCAACAUACUCCUUAAAAUACCCAUGUGGAGUGGGGUCCUUCUGGCUGGAUUGAAUACAAUAGCUGUGCUACUUAAGCUUUGGGGUAUCCGUUUACUUUCUUUCUCCUUCUUUAAAUUUUUCUCAGAUUAA